AUGUCUACCAGCGUGCGGACCGAUGCAUCGAAACUUAUGCAGCGUGUCCCGACCGUUGUGAGCUCCGCAGAGAAGGCUGGACCUACUUUGUAUGCGCCUCGUAAAGCUAAAACGUACAACCCCGAUGAUUUGCAAAAGUACAAGGUGCCUGAUUUGAGUGUCCAGGACUUGCUGUCAUCGAUCCCUUCGCACUGCUUCCAACGUUCCGCGUUUCAUUCUUUCUUGUACCUGUUCGUGGACUUUAUCCAGCUGGGCAUCUUGGUGUACGGUGCUACAUGGAUUAACACGAUGGCUGAAAGCGUGCCUUGGGGCAUGCCUGGGCUCUCGCUUGGCGCGACGCAGAGCGUGGCCAAGUUUGCCCUCUGGUCCGUCUACUGCAUCCUUCAAGGCUUUGUCUUUACCGGAAUUUGGGUUAUUGCACACGAGUGUGGCCACCAGGCGUUCAGCUCGAGCAAGACGUUAAACAACGCCGUGGGCUGGGUGCUGCAUUCCGCCCUGCUGGUCCCUUAUCACUCCUGGCGUAUCUCGCAUGGCCGCCACCAUGCCGGUACGGGUCAUCUUUUUCGCGACGAGGUGUUUGUUCCCCGCACGCGUGACGACCGCAGCAUGCUGCCUCUCCGCCCUGCCGAUGAUGAGAACGCAAAGGCGAACGAGAGUUGGGGCUCGUGGUUGGGUGAGCUGCUUGAAGACGCGCCUUUGUUUAACUUCUUUGAGCUGCUUCUCCAACAGACUUUCGGCUGGAUCCUGUACUUGACACUCAACGUGUCCGGCCAGUUGUCGUUCCCGAACUGGACAAACCAUUUCUCGCCGGACUCGGUUAUUUUUAACAAGCGCCACCGCAACCAGAUUCUCAUGUCGGACGUAGGCAUCGCAUUGGCGCUUGGAUCACUCUUUGCGUGGGGUAGCCUUUCUCCUGGUGGCUGGCGUGAGGUGGUGUUGUACUAUGGCAUUCCUUACAUGCUGACAAACCACUGGCUGGUCAUGAUUACCUACCUGCAGCACACUGAUCCCCUCAUCCCACACUACAGCCCCGAUGCCUGGACAUUCCCCCGCGGUGCUCUGUGCACUGUCGACCGCGAAUGGCUUGGCUUCGUUGGCCCCUGGUUCCUCCAUGGGAUUAGCGAGACGCACGUGCUUCACCACGUCAGCAGCAAAAUUCCCCAUUACCAUGCGUGGGAAGCUACUGAGGCGCUCAAGAAGCGCAUUGGCAUGCACUACAUGAAGUCGACGGAGAACGUGUUCGUCUCUUUGUGGAAGACGAUUCGUGGCUGUCGCUACAUUGAGCUGGAAGAUGUUGCGUUUUACCGCAACGCGGACGGCAUCCCCAAGAGUGUAGCUCUUUUGCCGCAAAAGGUUGAUUCUGGGCUGUCCUACUCGGAAUGA